CCCGUCCACCUCCUCCCCCGCUCUCUCUCUCUCUCGACAGGACUCGAGUCGGCAGCGCCCAGCGGGAGGACGCGCUGCCGCCGCCCGUCAGUCCGAGGCCGAUGCGCCGUGCGCCGUGCGCCGGUGCCGUGACGUCGCCCUGCGGCCCCGCGCUUCCCGCCCGCCCCCUCGCCCUGCGGUCCGCGUCGCGCCGCCGCUGCGCCCCGUGACGCCGGCACAACGCCCGCCCGCCCGCCCGGGCCCAGCGUCGGCGCGCCGCGCCACCGACCAGACCACCGUCCCGGCGUCCUUAGCCAGAAGGGUGAGAAAGGCGGUUAGCUCUAAAGAACGCUGCCGCAGCGAGAGCGGAGACAUGGCGGCGGCGCUCUUGCCGGAGACGGCGCCGAGGCUGCUGACGCCGGAGACCAUCCGUGCGGCGGCCAAGCAGUCCCAGGGCAUCCAGCUCGUGCCCCUCUCCCUCCGCCGCGCCAUUAAGCGGUACCUCCGCGACCAGGACAAGGCGCACAUGAACCGGAAGGUGCUUCAGCUCUCGGCCUCCUUCGAGCGUGCAAAGGGAACCGGCACCGAGCUCGCUGCGGCUGCCAUGCGCGGCGCUCUCAUCGACGAUCCGCGCGCGCCCUCAGGCGCCGAGCAGCGGGCCGCGCGGUGGAAGGUGCGGUCUGCCUAUGGAGAUAUCGGCCUUCGGUACCGCGAGGACGAGACGGUCGCAUACGUUGCCUCCCGGAUGCCAGCCAUCUACGCCGCGUGCCACCGUGUGCUCCGUGAGGUCCGUCGGAGGUUACCAGACUUUGCACCUGCCAAAGUGUUGGAUUUUGGAGCAGGGCCGAGUUCAGCACUUUGGGCAAUGAGGGCAGUGUGGCCAAAGUCUAUAGAGAAGGUUAAUUUGGUUGAGCCAUCCAAAGAGAUGCAAAGAGCAGGGAAGAACCUUCUCGAUAAUUUGAAGGGGUUACCACUUAUUCAUAGCUAUGAUAGCAUCCAAGAGUUGAACCGCAACAUUGAAAAACAUGAGCGGCGGCACGAUCUUGUAAUUUCAUCUUAUGCACUCGGGGAGAUUCCUUCUUUGAAUGACCGAAUAACAAUAGUGAGGCAGCUCUGGGACCUAACAGGAGAUGUUUUGGUUUUGUUAGAGCCUGGAACUCCUCAAGGAGCAAAGAUUAUAAGCCAAAUGCGCUCGUAUAUCCUUUGGAUGGAAAAGAGAAAGUGCCGCAAAAUUGAAAAAUCCACACGUGCUGCUCCAAGUGAAAUGAAGAGCAUUGUAUGUCAAGAAGCCUCAUUGAAAAAUGGUGCUUUUGUGGUUGCCCCGUGUCCUCAUGAUGGUCGGUGUCCAUUGGAGAAUACAGAUAAAUACUGCCACUUUGUUCAGAGAUUGGAGAGGACGUCAUCACAACGUGCCUACAAGAGGUCCAAUGGUGUGCCUUUGCGUGGUUUUGAGGAUGAGAAAUUUUGCUACGUUGCUUUAAGAAGGGGCAAGCGGCCAGAGGAAGCUUGGCCACUCGAUGGUAUGAAAUUUGAGACUCUUAAAGAACGCCACGCCAAGAGAAACCCAGAAGAUCUCAUCAUUGACUAUGACGAACAAUUUCCAAGCGAGGAAGAUGAAGAGGCUCCUGUUAACGCUGAGGAUUGUUUGGUCCCAUACGACUCUGAUGCACAAGAACUAGGUUUAUUCCAUGAGACCGAAGAGGAGUUCGAAGAGCAAUCUGUCCGUGCUGAUCUAGGAGGAGGCUGGGGCCGGAUCAUAUACAGUCCCAUUCGACGAGGAAGGCAGGUACAGCUGGAUGUAUGCCGUGCCACCAAACGGGAUGCAUCGGAAGGCGCAUUCGAGCGUGUCGUGAUCACCCAAAGCAAGAACCCCACCAUGCAUCAUCAAGCCCGGAGGUCACUUUGGGGGGAUCUUUGGCCAGUUUAGUCUAUGGUGAUAACCACAUUUCUGUGGAAGAUCUGGAGCUCUUCAGCAACGGAUUCGCUGGGUGACGCUGCUCAUAAAUUGUUUGUGGCUGUGCUGUGGGUUUUAAUUUUUGCUUCAGCAAUACAUAUCUGUAACAGGUGUACACCUAGUUUCUCAAUGAGGAAGAUGCGCGUGAAUUCUUCUAGGUCAGAACAUUUUUUUGGAAUAACUCUGAGGGCUGAAAACCAGCAGUACACAGUCGGAAGCCCAGCACCUCAGAAGUGCACCUCAGAAGUAUCAUUUUAACAUGUUCAUAACAGUCAAUUUCUUAAUUAAACAAAGGCAGAAUUAGAUGGCAAAAGUAAAGUUUCUCAACAUGUUAUA